ACCUUGUCUGACACAAGAUGGCUGCACAACGUAAAGAAUAAGUUAUACGCUGUGAUGUUUUUUUUUUAUUAAUUUGAGAAAACAGAUAGUGGAUUUUGCAAAAUGUCAAAUUUAUGUUCAAGAAUUGUUUCAAAACCUCCGAAAAGGUUAACAGAAGGUAGAGAUAGCAUGUCGGUCGCUCAAACGAAUACAUGGAUGAAUGCCGAGAAUAUUAACAAUGGUGGUGGCUUAUCCCUUUCACCACCACAUACAAUAUCUCAACGUGAGACGGGGACGCAGGUAUCUCAAUGCUACAGUGGGCCACCUUCUCCAUGUGGAUCAACAACCUCAACAGCGUCCCCUAUUAUAUCACCAGCCCCUCCUCCUGGGACAGCAACCCUUGACCCAAACUGGCAAGCCACAAAACCAACAGUUCGGGAGAGAAAUGCAGCAAUGUUCAAUAAUCAGUUAAUGUCGGAUAUAACCUUUAUUGUUGGAGGACCUGGACACACACAAAUCAUUCCUGCACAUAAAUAUGUCUUGGCAACAGGAAGUUCAGUAUUUUAUGCCAUGUUUUAUGGUGGUUUGGCUGAAUGUAAACAAGAAAUAGAAGUACCAGAUGUUGAACCUUCAGCUUUCUUAACAUUGCUCAAAUAUUUAUACUGUGAUGAAAUACAGUUGGAAGCAGAUACAGUGCUGUCAACAUUAUAUGUUGCAAAAAAAUAUAUUGUUCCACAUCUUGCGAGAGCAUGCGUUAACUAUUUGGAAACUAGUCUUACAGCAAAAAACGCUUGUUUGCUACUAAGUCAAUCUCGAUUAUUUGAGGAACCUGAACUCAUGCAGAGGUGCUGGGAAGUGAUUGAUGCACAGGCUGAAAUGGCUCUAACAUCUGAAGGUUUUGUAGACAUUGAUGUGUCUACUUUAGAAUCGGUAUUGGCGAGAGAAACACUUAACUGCAAAGAAAUAAAUUUGUUUGAAGCGGCUUUAGCAUGGGCUCAUGCAGAAUGUGUUAGAAGAGAAAUAGAUGUGACACCAGCAAACAAAAGAGCUAUGCUAGGGAGUGCUAUCUAUUUGAUCAGAUUCCCUACCAUGACAUUAGAAGAAUUUGCAAACAGUGCAGCACAACUUGGCAUUUUAACUCCUCAAGAAACUAUUGACAUAUUUUUACAUUUUACUGCAUCAAGUAAACCAUUAUUAUCCUAUCCCAUUAAAGCAAGAGCUGGACUCAAAGCUCAGAUUUGUCAUAGGUUUCAAUCUUGUGCAUAUAGAAGCAAUCAAUGGAGAUACAGAGGACGAUGUGAUUCAAUACAAUUUUGUGUUGACAAAAGGAUAUUUGUUGUUGGAUUUGGACUCUAUGGCUCGUCAAAUGGUGCUGCAGAUUACAAUGUUAAAAUUGAACUUAAACGGUUAGGAAGAGUCUUAGCCGAAAAUAACACGAAAUUCUUUUCUGACGGAUCAAGCAACACUUUCCAUGUGUACUUUGAAAACCCUAUUCAAAUUGAACCUGAAUGUAUUUACACUGCAUCUGCUAUACUUGAUGGUAGUGAGUUAAGUUACUUUGGACAAGAAGGAUUGAGUGAAGUUUACAUGGGAACUGUAACAUUCCAAUUCCACUGUUCCUCUGAGAGUACAAACGGGACAGGUGUUCAAGGUGGUCAGAUUCCAGAACUUAUUUACUAUGGUCCAACAGUUAAUACAACAAUAGCCAAUACAAAUACGAAUGAGGACUGACAAUUGGGUAGGGUACGACCUCUUAACUGUUACUCAGUAUAAUGACGGUGACAUGAGAUGCUAAUAAAGAUGUUAACUAUUCACAAAGGUUAAGUGAUUCCCAUGUUAAAUUAUUUUGUUGAAUAUAAAUCAUGUGUAUAUUGUUGAAAAUGAAUAGCAGUUAAGUACCUUAUGAAUGUGAUAUGGGUGUCGUAUAGCUCUCUAGAAAUUUGUAGUUUUAGAAAAUUAGUAAUAUUUGCACAAGUUCAUUGCAAUAAAUUUACAUAGCUUGAAAA